GAUUUGUUAUUUUGCACUGCACAACUCAACUCUAUCCUGUCUCCAUUCUCAGCCGCACAGAUAUGGAACUCUUCUUCUUCCACUUCCUCCUCUCACUCAUCCCCUUCCUAUUCUUCAUCAUCAUCUUCCUAAAACACCAGAAACCCACUAAACCCGGCUUCAAAUUCUACCCUUUAGUCGGAGCAUUACCGGGAUUCAUCAAGAACCGCCACCGCUUUCUCGACUGGUCCACCGACGUCCUCGCCGCCUGCCCCACCAACACCGCCGUAUUCCGCCGCCCCGGAAAAGUGCACGGCGUCAUGACCGCUAAUCCGCUCAACGUGGAGCACAUGCUCAAGGCCAAUUUCCAAAAUUACCCCAAAGGCGACCGGUUUAUAUCCCUUCUCCAGGAUUUCCUCGGGGCCGGGAUUUUCAAUUCCGACGGGGAUCAGUGGAGGACCCAAAGGAAAACUGCGAGCUAUGAGUUUAGUACCCGAUCGCUCCGGAAUUUCGCCAUGGAAACGGCCAAUAUGGAGCUCCAUACCCGUCUGAUUCCCAUCCUUAGAGACGCGGCAGAGGGAGACUCUGUUCUUGAUGUCCAGGACAUCCUUGAAAGAUUCGCGUUUGAUAAUAUUUGUAAAGUCGCGUUUAACGUCGAUCCAGGAUGUUUGGGCGGGGACGGGAAUAAAUCCGGCGAAUUCAUGCAGGCUUUUGAGGACGCCGCGACUCUCAGCUCCGGUAGAUUCAUGUACGCUUUGCCGUUUUUUUACAGAAUCAAGAAAUUCCUUAACAUAGGAUCGGAGCGAAAAUUGCAAAAAUCAAUUCAGAUCGUACACAAAUUCGCUGAUGAGAUCAUCUUGGCCAGAAUCAAACAUCGGGCCCGCACGGAUAGAUCAGUUGGUUACAGCUCAGAGCUGUCUGGAAAAACUGGUGAGGAUUUAUUAUCAAGAAUCAAGCAUCCCGCUCACACGGACAGCUCAGUUGAUUAUCAGCCAGAGCUAUCUGGAAAAACUGGUGAGGAUUUAUUAUCAAGAUUCAUGGGUACUACGGAGGAAUAUACCCCCAUGUAUCUCAGAGAUAUUGUGAUCAGUUUCAUCUUGGCGGGCCGGGACACUACGUCCUCGGCCCUAACAUGGUUCUUCUGGCUACUAUCCUCUCGGCCAGACGUGGAACACACCAUCCUAAAAGACAUCAAAAAAGUCCGACUUCACAAAACCGGAGAAUCAUCACACUACACCUUAGACGACCUGCGAGAGAUGCACUAUCUCCACGCGGCGAUCUCGGAGGCGAUGAGGCUGUACCCGCCGGUGCCGGUGGACACGAAGGCCUGCCUGGAAGAUGACGUCAUGCCGGACGGCACGUUCGUCGGACAAGGCUGGUUCGCCACGUAUCACACGUACGCCAUGGGGAGAAUGGAGAGCAUUUGGGGGAAAGAUUGCUGCGAGUACAAGCCGGAGAGGUGGCUGGCGGAGAAUGGGGAGUACCGGCCGGAAAGUCCGUUCCGAUUUCCGGUGUUCCACGGUGGGCCCAGAAUGUGUCUGGGGAAGGAAAUGGCGUACAUUCAGAUGAAAGGCAUUGCGGCUUCGAUUCUGGAGAGGUUUGAGAUUGAGGUGUUGUCGGAGGAGAAGGGAAAGGUUCCUGAUUUUGUGUUGUCUUUGACUCUUAGGAUGAAGGGUGGGUUGCUUGUGAAGGUUAAGGAGAGAAAAGAUGAUGAGUUAGUGUGUUAAUGUAUGUUAUUGUGGUUAAUUAUUAUAUUUGUGAGCUUAAUGAUGCCAUGAUUUGGUUAUUAUAUAUAGUGUUAAUAGUUUUUGUCUUCAUUAUUUGAUGUGAUCUAGCAAAGGUUUAAUCAUUCUCAAA